UAUAUGUCAUCGAAUCCGAGUGGAGCGAUGAGGCACCAGCCACAAAAGUAGAGCUCACCUGUAACACAACCAAUGAAGCACUGUCUGUUUACUGGAAAAAGGACACAGAAGUGAGAGGAACUGGAAAGACACUGAUUGCUGAAGUCAAAGAAUUCCCAGAUGCUGGCAACUACACCUGUCUGGCAGCUGACACCCAUGAAAUCAUCAGCUACAGUUUUUUCCUCAUAACUAAAAUAGACUCAGAUGGACAAAUGAUGAGAUCAAUUCUGACAAGUUUUAAAGAACCAAAAGGAACAUUUUUAAAAUGUGAGGCAAAGAAUUACUCUGGAAUUUUCAUAUGUUCAUGGAUGACAGAAAAUGAGAGUCCAAGCAUGAAGUUCUCAAUCAGAAGUCUCAAAGGCUCUCAAGAUGUAACCUGCAGCAGCCCUGUGGCUCACACUGGUGACACAGUGAUUAAAUACACAGCCCAGUGCCAGAAAGAGAACUACUGCCCAUUCGCUGAAGAGCACCAGCCAACUGAGAUGUUCCUGGAGGUCAUCGAUGAGGUGGAGUAUGAGAACUAUACGAGCAGCUUCUUCAUCAGAGAUAUCAUAAAACCUGAUCCACCAAAAUGUCACUACGUGGCCAAAAAUGGAACAGUGACCUGGACAUACCCCAAAACUUGGAGCACACCAAAGUCCUACUUCCCUUUGACUUUCAGGGUCAAAGUUGAAAGCACAAAGAGACACAAAAUGAACCCAGAGAUUCGUGAGGUUGAUGAGCAGCAUGUUCAGAUUCCAAGGACUGGCCCAAAAGACAAGAUCUCUGUGCAGGCUCGGGAUCGCUACUACACCUCAUCUUGGAGUGCGUGGUCUUCACUUUGCAGGUAA